UGUCGAGGUGACGCAUCAAUCGUUUUACGAGUUUGACCUUCAAGUGCUCAAUCACGUCCUUCAUUCGAUGAAACCACUGUACCGUUACUCGACAUGAUAUCUAUGAAAAGGACGGCACGUGAUGAGGUAGAUUGUAAAUCUAGGACUCGUAGACAUUCAAAGAAAUCAAAGUCAACUGAAUGUCCUUCCACAAAGGCGUCAGGAAUUAAUAUCGGUUUAGACAAGUCAAAUCAAACGUGUAGCGUUAAGAAGGAAUAUUCCAAGAAUGAAAAGCUUGGUCGUAAAUCAAAAAAGAGGAUCUUACAAAAAUCUAUUUCUGAGACCAAAGAGCUAACACAUGGGACACCAAAGUUGUUGCUUACCAGUCUACCAUCCAGUGUCAGCCAAACCAUUUUGAAGGAUAUUUUUCCAUCAGUUAUUCAUUUGAAUUUGCGUAAUACAGCUGGUUCGAAGCACGCGCUUUUAGACUUUUCAAGUAAUGACGAUUACUUAGAUGCUGUGAAUCGUUUAAAAUCAAUUGAAUUUGAUGGUGUCAAACCAAAUUAUCGAGCCAUCGUUGGAUUCACAGAAAAUGUAAUCCAGUCUAAUCUGUCAAGACAAUUUGUAACUAAUAGUCCUAAUUGUUUAAUCAUACGAAACUUGCCAUACUCACUAACUGCAACUGAGAUUAAAGAACAUUUCCCCAUGGCCAAUCGUGUUCAUUUAGGUGUAAAUAAGUUUGGAAUAUUCAAUGGUUCAUGUAUAUUAGAAAUGAAGAAUAAGGAAGAUCUUCAAAUUCUUAUAAAUGAAUGUAAACAUAAGUAUAUUAAUAAUCGACUGGUUAGAGCAAAUCUACAAUGUAAAUCCAAAUCGGAAUCGUCCAAAUCUCCCGAUGCAAGUAUGAGUUAUGGUUUGAAACUUAAAGAAGUACCCAAUGUGAUUGAAGAUGAUCGAAUUAAAGCAUUAUUUCCCGAAACAUCUUUGACUGGUUUAAGCUCGGCACCACUUAAAGAUUCCAAUACUAGAAAUGUGUUCAUCUUCUUCAAAAAGAGUGCUCAGCGUAAAGCGGCUUUUAAGAUGUUCAAGAAUGAAGUUAUCAUGGGUUAUCCAAUUUCCUGUCGAUUAUGGGUUCCUACUAAUCGAAGGCAUAAAUCACAAACAAAGAAUAUAGAGGAGAAAGUGAACGAUACAGUUCUAAAUUAUAACUUACCCAAGUCAAAUGAACUCGGUCAGAAUGAAAUAAAAUGGAAUAUGGAAAAAUGUAGGAAUAUGUCUUCAUCCUUUCCCAAGAAGUUAGUAUUUGAAUCUGGUAAGUUGUUAAUAUUUCUUGUCAUUGGUUUUUAAAAAUUAUUCACAAAUGUAUAAUCUUUAAGUAUUGUAAAUCACUGUCAAGUUAAAACUAUUAAAAACAUUUUUUCGGAUGUUUUAUGUAAACACGUUUUUUAUCUGAACACUGAAAUUUAUUUGUAUUGAUGGCAACAGUAAUUUCUGUCUAUUUUAAUGUAAUGAGAUCCGCAGUAUCUUGUUCAAUUGUGGUCAUUUAAUUAAUAGGAUCCUUUUUAUUGAUAAUUCUUUUUUGGUAAGGAAUGCAUAUCAAUGCUCUGCUCUUUGAAGUACCAUAUUCCCUUCCCAAUUAAUGCUUUAUAUAGCUUUGGACACGGAUUGAUAUUGUUUGCAACCACAAUCCGAGAUGAAAUCGGACCCAAGACUUCUGCACAUGGUGACCGGUGCGAUACCUUCAAACUAAUUAAAUAAAAAUCCAGUAUAUCUCACUUUCCGUUUUUAUUAAAUAGUCAUUUGGUGUGAUAGUCAUUCCCCGGUUAGUAACUGUUCUGCUCCUGAAAUAAUUGUCACCUCGUUAAAAACUAUGGAAUUUGAUCCGUGAAUACUGUUUAAGUAUUGGAUUCGUAUGGUGAAUAAACAGUGGAGACAGGAUUUUUUUCCAACACCUGUUUUACGGACGAUUAUAGUAGCGAUACACUGAGCAAAUUAUACUAGUUAGAGUAAAGAACAACCUGAUUAUUUAUACAAAGUCACUUUGAUUUAACAAAGAUAAUUUUGAAAACCUUACGUAUUUACUUUGACUUACCAAAGUAUUCUCAUCAUUCUCAUUAAUAUUAGCUAACGGAAGUUCCGUCAUCCUAGAAUACUUUUUUCCUUAUCUACAUCUUAGUUUCGUGUGCCUGCACAAUUGUACUAAGUAUAUUUAACCCUCACUUGGCUCACUGACGAGUACCUGUCAUUUGUGAAUGCACGGAUUGGUCAGAAUGCAUGGCCACCAAACGAUUUACAAGAUGCAAUGCUUAUGGAGAAGCUAAAAUGCAAGGUUUCAAUCUGCAUUCUAGUGAGAGCUGAUAACUCAGUGUGUUAUUGCUAGUACUUUUAUAGGGGGUUCAUUUGUGGAAAAUGUGUAACCUUUUACUGAUACGUUUACGUGCUGGUUUCAUAUAAUAACCAGGAAUCUCAUUUCAAACACCGGAAAAAGAAACCUUACUCCGUUCCAUGGUUUGUCCGUGUAAGAAAAUCAAUACAUUUGUAGAUUUAUAUGACUACCAGCUCCUGGGAACUGUUCGUUCUGUUGAUUUCAGAUCUUUUGAAGGGUCCUGAAGAACAAUGAUUAGUCCUACGGUUUUCGUGGUUUCUGAAUACUUCGGGGGUAUAAUCGGUGAUUUAUGGUACCUUCCAUAUUUAGUGUUUCCGAGGAGAUUUAACAACAUUUUGGUUACUAUGCAUGAAACAAGAACGGUCGAUCAUUAGUCAACAAUGAAAGUGCCGCAGGGUUCCCACUUAUUAUAGAGAGCUUGACACUUGAGUUAUCAUAGAAUACUUGUCUUUUCCAUCAGUACGGCUUUUGUAAACGGAAGUUGCUUUGCUUAUAAAUUGUUCGUCCACUGACCAAUCCCUGCAUACUGCAUCCAGAUGUCCCCCUGUCUACUUGCGUAGAUGUACGCGUUGAUGAUGAGAAUUAAACAAAUAUGAUUACUCCCCAAGGGUUUUUAACAAGUUCCAAAUGCGUAUUCAUGACUUAUCCUCUGUAUUUCUUGGGAUCCAGUAUCCGCUGUAGCUCUUGUGUUAUGUGGUACAAAGUUCUCGCAAAAGUAUUUUGGUUCUUCUGGUAUCACUGAGUUUAUCUAUAUCAACAUGGAGUAAGUCAUACCUUCUGAACAGUAAGUUCGAUGUUAUACCAGACGACGAAGAAUGGAGUACCUGUGAUUUAACUAUCUACCUAGAAAUUUGAGGCGGUACUUACGGUCAUUCUUGUUUCACAAAUGUUUUCGGUAUUUAUAAACUGGCAUGGGAAGUAAGCUAACUAAUUCCAACCAAAUAUUAACGGGAUAUUUAGGGAUCCCCUUUGAAGAGCUUCGAAACUGAAAUCAUUGAAGAUAAAAGUAAACAACGAAAAUGUUUCAGUCACGAUGUUCUGUACUUUUUGAUAAUGCUUAGUUCAUCGGGUGAAAAGACACCGAGCCUCAGUCGAAUCGACCUGUUAUGUUGAAUGACCACAACAUUGGGGAACUGCUCACUUGAUGUUGAGUUAUGUUUCACCAUCGGUUGAGGUCGAAAUUAGACAAUUUAUCAAUACACGACUGCCUGUCUAUGACUCAUAAUUAUAGCAUUUCUGCGGCCUAUCUUUAUAAAUACACUUCCAUUCUUGUGGGAUUUCAGUACGAUAUUACAGCCACCAGGUCAAUGUGAGAAGUAAUUAUUUAGUGAAGUUUUAGAGCAGGUGUCAACAAUAAACCUUACCGAAAUGACCCGCUAAACUGGUGGUAUCGCUAUUUUGGGAGGUCGAAAGCUAGGCGUAAGAUAAUAUGUCUACACUUGUCAGUCCCAGUAUUGAUGAGUCGAUGUAGUUCUACGGUGGAGUCGAAACAUUCAAUAUUAUGUUCUUACUUUGUUUGCUGGCAUUUGUUAUUCUUCGCAUGCAUAUCUGAUGAGACUUCAGAUGUUUUUUCAGGACAUUGAAGAAACUGGACUUCCUGGCCAUCAUGUUCGGGUGGAUUAGAAUGUUACCAGGAAUUACAUCCGAAGUUAUUGACUUUACGUUUUAAAAAGGCACAGCGUAGAAGAAUCUCAUUAUAAACCAUGGUAUACAUUUCCGCACCUUUUUUCUGAUUAAAAGCGCGAAAAAUAUAUAGUGUUUCGUGUAUAUUCAUGUGAUUAUUUAUUAGUUUUUCUAUCCGCAUACAUUUUCGACAUAGAUGUUACUAUUGGCGUGCUAACCUACAUUAUACAUUAAAGCUCUGAACUAUGAAAACCCACUAAUCUCUUCUUACAGUAGUUUAUUCUUUCAUCAAUACACUUGUGAGAUUUAGAAGGAAGAUGAUGUUGUUAGAGUAAUAAACUUUACUUACGUUUUUGAACUUUCCAUCGUGUAACUACCUAAUCUACAAGAGCUUACGUCAUAGCUUCACUAUUGUCUUUGCUGACUCCCUCCUUUAUUAUACUAAGUGUCCUUGCUUACUGAUGGAAUAGGAUGAUAUGUACAACUACGAUGAGUUAAAGAGUAGUCGUGAGGCCGUCGAAAUGUCACUGAUCAUUGCAUGUCUAACAGUUUCGUGAACACCGUCAAGUUCAAAGGAAGACAGCGUCAACCGCUAAGUUUCCACAUCAUGAACAGCCAAAUUCGCGGUGUUCCCACUCUGUUUAUUAUUAUUUUUGCGUUAUACGUUCAUCCAAGUAUCCACAACACCUCAAUACAAAAAAAAGGUAUUUGAAGUUAAGCAAUAAUCCCGAGGUCUGACAUCAAUAUAAGCUGAGAGGUAAUGACAUUCCUGUCCAACGCAAGCAGUGUCUCAAACAAAGAUACAGUUCACGUCGGACUCACCAGUGUUGAUUACCAAAGCAAGUGAUUUAUAUCGCUGAUUGCGGUGAUAUUUGCGUUGAACAGGAAUGGCAUUACCUCUCAGCUUACCAUGAUGACGAAUGGAAAAUGUUCGACGUACUGUGAUCACUACCUCAUGACUAAGCCGGCACGACCGAGACACGAACCUGUUUCCACGAUGAACCUUAUCGAAGUUCAACUAUUUGUCAAAUACUCAACGGCCCAUUUAAAUCUAUGAAGUUAUGGUCUACUGAAUUAUGGUUCAGUUCGUUUUUAGUACUACUACAAAAAUAGACCUAAUCCCAACAUUGUAGAUGUAUCAUGGUGUGAUUACCUAAUCUAUAAGAUCUUACGUG